AUGGAUAUAUCCUUGUUUCCCCUCCUCAUUAACAGAUUGCUUGGCUUCUUGGUUUCUCAGCUUAUUGAUUGCUGUUUUAUUGGCUGUGUAUGUGUAUAUACAGAUAGGUAUAUAGUUGUCGAUAUUAAUAUCUAUUCAGUGCUGUUGAUAUAUAUAUAUAUAUAUAUAUUGUUACUAUUCCUCGUGCCUUCUCAAAUAAAUACGAAGACCCACACGCCAGCCACCAUCGCAGAGCACGUCGGCUCAAUGAUUAAAGAUGUAAAAGAGAGACCCGGCACCCAAAGUGGGAGCCGGACAGCGGAGGCCGUGAAGCACACACCACCGCUACGCACCCGCCCCGGGGAUAGCGCGGUGGCUCGAUAA